CAUUUAAUUUGUUAGGAUCAGGUAUCAAAUUGAUUACAGGGAAUCUUGAUGAAAACGACCUUAUAGAAAUAAAUCAUGAUAUUCAAAACUUGAAAUCAAAAAGCCAAUCAUUAAUUAAACAGAAUAACGUACAGGUAGCCAUCAAUGAAAGGAUUGAAAAGCAACUAAACGAGAUGACAGAAAGCUUCAACAAACAUCAAAAUGCAAUUGUAAAAGAACUUGUAAAAGCUAAAAAUAAUAGAUUAGAGAACCACAAUGUAACCCUUCUCAUGCAAACAUUCAAAAUUUCAUAUCAUUUAGAUCAAAUUGAGGACUUCUUAGAAUCAGUAUUUGAAACUAUUCAACUUGCUAAACUGAAAAUUAUUCCCAGAAACUUUCUAGAUAAGAGCGAGCUUAAACUUAUCAAGGACAAAUUAGAAGAACAACACGUAGAGUUCAUUAAUACAGAUCAGGUUUACGAGCUUUUAGAUAUCAUAUCAGUCUUCAAAGACAAAACAUUAUAUUUCAUCAUACUCAUACCCCAACUAGAACCUUCCAGCUUCAACCAACUACUCUUAGAGCCAGUACCUAUCAACGGUAGAACGAUGAAGAUACCUACAACAUCAGCACUAUUCGGAAUAAACUCAACGUUUUUCAUCAAAAGGGAUUGUCGAGCAAUCGAAACAAACACUUUAUGCAACCGGAACGACCUCAUGGAUGUUUCCACAGAUAACUGCUUUUCAAAAAUUCUAAGAGGAUACCCAGUAUCCUUUCAGUGCUCCUUGUUACCUCAUACAUCAUUAUCAGGAGACGUUCAACAACCAUUCCAAUAAUCGUAUCGGGACGAUACGAUCUUAAAG